UAAGUACAAAGUACACUAGUUAUUGGGUUCUAUUCAUUUAGAUUGCCGUGAAUGAAACUUCAAGGCUACUUGCACAUUCCAAUAACAGUUCCUAUCACGAAACGGCGACAAAUCUGUUGGUAGCCACUCGGCAGCUUGAGGCAUUUGCCAUGAAAUACGCGAUGGAACAUCUAACGACAAAUGGCACCCCGAAUGCCAACAUAACUAGAACUGGAGAGCACUUUGUGAUGGAGGUUCGAAGUGUAAGCGUUGGUCAUGAAAAAGACGUAUAGUUUCCCUCUGAGGACGGCAGAGAACAUCAUGGUGAUGGAAGUGAAAAGAUCUUUCUACCAGCAGAACUCUUUAGAAAACAAGAAACUGGAUGGAAUAUUAUAUAAGGACAUGCACGAGUUACUCCCAGAUGAAAGUCAGUCCUUUCUUGAUGGGAAGACUUCAAACACGAGUCAUCGCAUGUUCUAUAUUCCUUAACUUGUCUACUUUGCUGCCAAAAAACGUUACUAUAUCAUUCACUUUGGAAGAGCCUUCUAAACUUGAUGAUAUACCAAUUUGUGUAUUUUGGGACUUUGACAUCAGGAGUCGAUUCAACGGUUCCUGGUCAAACAGGGGAUGCACGUUGGUCAACAAAACUAACACUAAAGUUGUGUGUACUUGUAAUCAUCUCACGAACUUUGCGGUUCUUUUGCAAGUGGGAGAAACAAAAAUUCCUGACAGACAUCAGGUGGCCUUGGAAGUCAUCACUUAUAUUGGCUGCGGGCUGUCGCUAGUGGGCGAGACUUUAACUGUUCUCACCUAUCUGGUUUUGAUAAACCUCAAGCAGGAGCAGUGUCAGAUAAGACUCAAUCUAGUCAUAGCCAUAGCCGUGGCACAAAUCAUUUUCCUCGCAGGAAUUGAUGCUACAUCAAAGCAGGUAGCUUCAUUUAGAUAACCAAUCACCAUCUGAUACGUAUGUUCUGAAACUUAC